UAUUUGUCUUUAUAUAAAGACAUAAAUAGUAAAGUAAAUAAAACGCAGUUUAAUUGAACUACCAUGACCAGGUUUGCUAGAGCAAAAGGCUCAAAAGCCUCCAAUGAAAAAUUGCCUGAAGAAGCAACCUCUUGGAGUGAAAUGAAGCAGGAGUUGCUGAAUAAGAAUAAGGAACUUGCUGAGCAGAAAAACCGGGAAGCGGCUGUUCAAAGAAGAGCAGACAAUUACAAGGCCUUCCUGGAUGAUGUUGAAGAAGAAGAAAAUAAGAAAAUUGAGUGGGCUGAUUUUCCUGUAACUGCAGCAAGUGCUAAACCGUCAAGCAAAAGAAAGUUUACUGCAGACAAUAAGGGAUUUGCCAAUGGCAAGCCAGCGGCAAAAAAAGUUAAACAGCAGCUUUCGCGUGAGUCCGAAGAGCCUGACGACUCUGAAGACGACGAAUUUUCCGCUCUAAAGUCUCAGAUUGACAAAGCCCUCCUUAUGCAUAGUAAAACCGACAGUGGGGAUGAUAGCGAACCACCCGAAGAGGCGGGAAUUAAGAACAAACCAGAAGAAAUUCUUGUGAAAAAACAAAAGAUCAAAAAGCCAAAACAUAAGCUAAACAUUGUUGUUGAAAAAGAUAGUCAGGCAGCAGCUGAAUCCGAAACCAGCCAAUCAAGCAAGAAGGAGCAAACAAAGGACGAAAGAUUAAUCAGCAAAAAACGGGAUAGGAGAAUGAAGCAAGUGGAGAAACAGAAAUUGAAAAGGCCGCAAUUACGCAACGGAAAUCCAAACCCUGAUGAGACCUCACAAUCCUCUCAAACUGAAAACGGUGUUUUAGACGAAACUAAAGCUGCGAAGAAACUGGAGCGAAGAAAGAAGCAAAAAGAGAAAAAGAAACGCAAUUUAGCAAGAAAUUUGAAUAGUACGGAGGAAGUUGCUGCUGAAAAACCGCCUACUGAGCAGGAUUUGAAGAAUAUUGAAAAAAAGAAGCAGAGACGUGCCAGGCAAAUUGAGAAGAGACAAAAGUUCAAAGAGCAGAAAGCUUUAGCUCACCAGUCAGCAAAUGAUGAGACGAACUCCUCAAGUGCGAAUAAUACGGUGAAGAACGAAGACCCCAAAAGCGCUAAAAAAGCAAAACUUAACAAAAAGCCAGCCAAACCCAGGGAUAAAAAAGUCCAUCCAAGUAGGAAGCAAAAAUCGGAAACAUUAUUUCUGAAUGGCAGGACCAUAGAAGUUGACCAUGUCGAUGGCUUUCCCGUGAAGAAAGAAGACGCCCAGCGCUUGGAAACACUGAGAAAGGAAAUGAUUAGCAAAGGCUUACCAAGAAGCGAAAUCGACAUCGCUCUGAAACUGGAAAGGCGCAGAGCAGAAAGGUCGUUUGCCAGAGCAAAAAAGAGUGUUUGCUUCAAAUGCCGCCAAUCUGGACAUCUGCUGUCCGAGUGCCCUGAGCUGGACAAGGGUGAGAUGGCUGAUACAAGUGGAACAGGCAUUUGCUUUAAGUGUGGAUCAACCGAACACACGCAUUACGAGUGCAAGGUAGUAAGAGGCAUGGAGUUCAAGUUUGCAUCAUGUUUCAUUUGCAAGGAACAAGGCCAUAUUGCCAAACAAUGUCCAGAUAACCAGAGGGGAUUAUAUCCGAAUGGGGGUGCUUGCAAGGUGUGUGGCGAUGUUACGCAUCUCAAGAAAGACUGUCCAAAGUAUCAAGCACAACAAACACAACUUCAAAAUAGCUUGAGCUUGGGAACUUGGGACAAUGAUAAUCCGGAUGCGAUGGAUGGAAGUUGCAAAACUAUUCAAUAUUAAAAUAAAAUGCGACAAUAAAAAAUAAAAACCUUUUAUAUAUAUUUAUCCAAAAUCCAGCUAUAUUUGAUAAUUC